AUGCUCAAUACUGCCCCCAGGCCCGCAUUCCCCUCCCGGCACAGCCGACUACGCUCUCCCGACACGCCCAUCGUGUCUGCCAUACCCUCUUUGUCCCCCUUUCUCCCCCCAGCGCUGGUUUCCACCCAGCACAUUUUCUCGCAUUUACGUACCAGCAGGGACGAUUCGUCCUCGCCCAUCGUGGAAACGCGAUUAUCGUCGCCAGAAUCAGUCGAAAAAAUAGCCCCUAAGCCGGGCGUCGCGUUGUCCACCGUAGGUCUCGUCGCGACCUGUGUCGACUGUAUAGAGGACUGCAAGUCCGGAUCCUGUGCAUUGGAACUCUCCGCCGACUGUACGGACCAGUGCGUCGUUGUGCCCUGCGACGAUCCGAGCCACGAAUAUCCAUUGCCUGAUCGGAUCGACCGAUUUUUUGAGCACCCCUGCGAUAACGGUGCCGACUGCACCAUGUAUGAAGAAUUUUGCUGCACGGACUACCGUAACUAUUUAAACGAGCAAAACCAGGCCAACGGAGGCCAACCACCUCCGGUAUCGGCCGUGCCGGACUCAUUUCCUCCCACUAAUGUCAUAGCCCCUUCGCCAAGGUUACAAAAUCAACCCCCGGGCGGGUCGCGCCCUCCCCACUUUGCUUGCAUGUGGGGUAAUUGUCACGCCGCAUUCAACUCGUUGCAAGAACUUGUCGGGCACGUCAACCUCUACCACCUGCAGCCGGAGACCUCCCAGACCCAGGCCUUGACCCGCCAGACCGGCACUCCACUCUCCUGCCACUGGGGAGACUGCCAGGUCUACCCUGACCCGAAUUCCAUCCCGGGUCCCUCGUCGGGCAACCAGCUGGACGCCGCGCUCGGCAUCCUCGCGAACCACCUCUUCCAGGACCACUUGGGGCUUCCCGACCGGAUCUUCAGCCCGCACCCGGAGGCAGAUAGCAAUAACGAAGCGCUGUCGCCGUUCUCUCCGCCGACGCCCCCCGAGCCGGCGUCGACCCCUGCCCCGGAAACGCACGACUGCGCAGGCAGCACGCACAUCUGCAAGUGGCAGGGGUGCGGGCGGUCGUUUAAGGACUGCGAUGAGCUGACCUCGCACAUCACUGCUGCGCAUGUAGGCAGCGGCAAGAGCCAUUACGACUGCUAUUGGGAAUCAUGUACCAGGCACGGCGAGAACGGAUUCACGAGCAAGCAGAAGAUUUGUAGACAUUUGCAGUCCCAUACAGGACAUAGGCCAUUUCAAUGCAAUAUAUGUAAACAGAAUUUCUCCGAGGCUGCGACGCUUCAACAGCACAUGCGGCGGCAUACACAAGAAAAGCCUUACGUCUGCGACUUCCCGAACUGCAGUAAAGCUUUCGCUAUUGCAGGCGCUCUCACCAUUCAUAAGAGGACACACAACGGAGAGAAACCUUUCAAGUGUUCUCAUUGCGGCAAAGCGUUCGCUGAAUCGUCCAAUCUGUCCAAACACUUGCGGACGCAUACCGGCGCGCGACCGUAUCCGUGCCCGGAGGAAGGUUGUAAUAAGUGCUUCGCUCGACCGGACCAGCUUACCAGGCAUAUGAGCGUACAUAAGAAGAAAGACGUCGUAUGA